GACCCUCUGAAAGUGACAGACCCAGGUUCAGGUUUCUCCGCAGUACAGAGGAGGCUGUUGCUGCCAUCAGAGGCGUGCUUUCUGCAGACCCGCGGUCCAUCCACAGGAGGACACGCUGCAGGGACAGGCUCUUCUACUUCAUCCUGGACUCAGCUGACAUCACCUGCUGGUUCGGACAAGGCUUUGCUGAGGUGCUGCAGGUCCGACCUGUUGAGCAAAAUGUUGUCUCAGUGUGAGAAAUAAUUUGAUGAAAGCUUUGUGGCUCGAUAGACUAAAAAACCAGCGCUUACUUAGACAUUUCCGGUCAUUUCUCUACUGACAAAUGUGUAAGUGGUAAGUGGAGACCUUUUAAUCAGACACAUGAAAAGCUGGGAAACAUUCAGUUAUAAAUAAGUUGAUUAAAUAAAAUAUUUUUGAAACAGAA